AUGACAAUCUUAGGGCUAGUUGUCAACAUUUUAAACAUAAUAGUGUUUAUCCAACAAGGUUUGCGGGACCCCGUCAAUAUCAGUCUUCUUGGGCUGAGUAUUUCAGAUUUCGGCUCGUUGGUUUUACACUUCUUUAUCAGCCUGUGUUGGAUACCGUCUUUAAAACCAAUGGACCUGCCAUUUUACCCUCUUCAGUUACUAUACUUCUUCAUGUGGACACACGUGAUCUUCACAAGAGUGACCACAGGUAUAACCGCCUGGAUCACAUUUGAGCGAUGUCUGUGUAUUCUGUUUCCUCUCAAGAUAAAAUCCCUCGUCACACCCGGAAGAACUGUAUCCUUUAUGAUCGUGAUCUGUGUCACCAUGGUUCUGUCAGCGUUCCCAGUGUUCUACACCACCCGAGCUGCCUGGUUAUUUGAUCCUAGCCGUAACAAAUCAAUUUUAGGGAUUGUACAUAUUUCCAGCAGUGUAAACGUACAGAAAAUUGCAUUUUGGACCAAUAAUCUACUGCCAACCGUUUUCUUUAUAUUUAUCACAAUAUGUACUGUUAUUCUGGUGAAAGCACUGAAGAAAAACGCCAGAUGGAAGGAGCAGUCGGUAUCCUCAAAUAAACAAGCCAGUGUUACAAGCAGAGAUGCCAAGGUUGUCCGAAUGGUCACAAUUAUCUCCAUUACGUUCAUAUCCUGCUACGCCCCUGGAACUGUCGUUUUCCUGUUUAUUCUGGUAUUUCCACAACUGACAUUCGCUGGCAGAAAUGAAAAAACAAGGAGCCAAAAUCUGAAAUACUCAGUCCAAGAAGACUUAUAUUCACCGGGUCUUGCAGACCUUGUCGGACAAAGACGAUGA